AUGGCAGAAGCCAGUAUUUCAGUGUCUGAGGAUCAGUUUAUCUGUUCAAUCUGUCUGGAUAUACUGAAGGAUCCAGUGACUAUUCCAUGUGGACACAGUUACUGUAUGAGGUGUAUUACAGACUGCUGGGAUCAGGAUGAUCAGAAGAGAUUCUGCUGCCCUCAGUGCAGACAGACCUUCAAUCCAAGACCUGUUUUAGGUAAGAAUGUGUUGUUUGCUAGCAUGGUGAAGAAGUUCCAGAUUGCUAAUACUGUUGACUGUAAUGCUGGACCUGGGGAUGUGGAAUGUGGCGUUUGCAUUGGGAGAAAACGCAAGGCUGUUAAGUUCUGUGUUGAAUGUCUUGAUUCUUACUGUCGAAAUCAUCUGGAACAACAUAAAAAUCUCUUUGAACAUAAAAGACACAAACUGAUGGAUGCUUCUGAAAAACUCCAAGAGAGGAUAUGCUCUAAGCAUCGUAAACUGCAGGAUAUUUUCUGUCGUACCGACCAACAAUUGAUUUGUUUACUCUGUAUUAUGGAUAUUCACAAAGACCAUGAAACUGUAUCCGCUGGAGUAGAACGGACUGAAAAAGAGAGCCAUUUGAUAGAAACACAGAAGAAAUACCAGCAGAGAAUUCAGGAGAAACAGAAGGAUCUUCAAGAGCUGAGAGAUGCUGUAGUGACUUAUAAGUGCUCUGCUCAGGCAGCAGUGGAGGAAAGUGAGAGGAUCUUUACUGAAUUGAUCUUUCUCAUUGAGAUAAAUUGCUCUGAGGCGACACAGCUGAUCAGAGAUCAGGAAAAGGCUGAAGUGAGUCAAGCUGAAGAAAUCUUGAAACAUCUUGAGCAGGAGAUGAAUGAUCUGAAGAGGAGAGAUGCUGAGCUGGAGCAGCUUUUACACACAGAUGAUCACAUCCAUUUCCUCCAGAGUUUCCAGUCUCUCUCUGCUCCUCCUGGAUCUACAGACUCACUCAACAUCACUGUCAGUUCUCUCCCCUCUUUUGAAGAAGUAGGAAAAUUGGUGUCUCAUUUGAGAGAGAAAUUAGAGAAUUUCUGCACAAAAGCGAUAAAAAAGAUCUCUGGUAGAGUGUCAAAUGUUAAAAUAAUUGGUCCCCGAAGCAGGCAGGAGUUCCUACAGCAUUCCUUUCGGUUCACAAUGGAAUAUAUCACUGCGUAUAAAUAUCUCUGUCUGUCUGAGGGAAACAGAGUGAUUACUAACACUGGCGCACUUCAGCUCAAUCCUGAUCAUCCGGACAAAUUUAAUGUUCAUCCUCAAGUGUUGUGUAGAGAGAGUGUGUGUGGACGCUGUUACUGGGAGGUUGAGUGGAGUGGUCGGGUGGAUAUUUCAGUGUCAUAUAAGAGCAAGCAGAAGGGAUGGGGUGAUGAUUGUUUUUUUGGACGAAAUGAUCAAUCCUGGAGUUUGUACUGCUCUCACUCAAGUUAUUCCUUCUGGCACAAUAACAUUGAGACUAAACUCCCUGCAGUUUCCAGAUCUUCUAGAAUAGGAGUGUAUGUGGAUCAAAGUGCAGGAAUUCUGUCCUUCUACAGCGUCUCUGACACAAUGACCCUCAUACACAGAGUCCACACCACAUUCACUCAACCUCUCUAUCCUGGGUUUAGAUUGGAUUAUUCAACUAUACUGUUUUUGUUGUCAAAAGUAAAACUUUGUGAAAUUAACAAAGUGAAUAUUUCAGAAUCAGAAUGAUACUGAUCGACAAUUACUAUCAUCCAUGAUGAAUGAGUGAAAUGUUGAAGUUUGUUAUUUUCCAAUCAAUAGUAACUUAACUCAUGUCAGUAAAAUAAAUUGUAAGACUAUUUGUGUAAAUUCAAUAAAUUAGCU